UUGAGGGAUAAGAAAACAGCGGGGCAAACGUGGUUUCAUUGUUUAAAUUUUAAUUUAAUUAUUAAAUCCCUCAAAAUCACAAGUCAGGGUUUUAUUCCCUUUUGGAACCUAAUUGUCUCCUUUAAUUUUUCAUUUAAAUCUGUUUUCAGACGCCCUUGAUUUUCCUGCGGUUACCUUUGUUUCAUUGGUACUUUUUCCCCUUUUUUGUUUCAUAUUCCAAUCGUAGUUAAGAAUCAAAACCGCCCGAGGUAGCUUUGCUGGGAAGAUCGAAUCGCAUUUCGGCAUCAAUCACUUCAGUUUCAUUUACAAUCUGAAUUUAACUGAGGACCCCAUUUGAGAAAACGUGGUGCUGCUGCCAUUUGGUUAAUAAGGAUUUAGGAGCAGAUAUUGAUCCUGGCACAUUAAGUCAAUAGAUUUGUGUAUCCUCAUUUUUGCAGUUGGAAUUUGUCUGCAAUGGAGCUUUUGAAAUGAGGAAUCCUAUAUAAAGAGGCAAAUUUUUUGGUGGUUCAUGGAAAGAACAAUGCAGUGCCUAUUUAGAAAAGCCCUAUUAUUUUUUCUGUUCUCCAUAGUGUUCUUUGGUGGCAUUCUGGCACAUUCUGAAAGUGAAAUUCCAAAAAGGUUGAGAUCUGCACCACAUAAAAAUGCUGGGAGCAAUGUUAUAGAUGGCACUGGUGUAGAGAGUGCUAUUGAUUUUGAGAGCUCUAUUGAUUUUGAGAGCAUGAGUAGCAGAAUUGGUGAUAGAAAGGGCAGUUACAACAGAGUUUCAAUAUCUACGGUUGCAUUAUUUACGUUGGCUAUGGCUGCUGCCACUGGUUUAGGUGCAGUGCCUUUCUUUUUUGUAGAACUGGAUCCUCAGUGGGCUGGAUUAUGCAAUGGAAUGGCUGCUGGAGUUAUGUUGGCUGCUAGCUUUGAUCUCAUACAGGAAGGGGAGAACCAUGGUGCUGGCAAUUGGGUUGUGAUCGGGAUUUUAUCUGGUGGAAUUUUCAUUUUACUUUGCAAGAAGUUUCUUGAACAAUAUGGGGAAGUAAGUAUGUUGGACAUAAAAGGUGCAGAUGCAACGAAAGUUGUUCUUGUUAUUGGAAUUAUGACUCUUCAUUCAUUUGGGGAGGGCUCUGGCGUAGGAGUCUCCUUUGCUGGAACAAAAGGUUUCUCUCAAGGCCUUUUGGUAACUUUGGCCAUUGCUGUGCACAACAUACCAGAGGGAUUAGCUGUGAGUAUGGUUCUUGCAUCAAGAGGUGUUUCUCCACAAAAUGCAAUGUUAUGGAGUGUAAUUACAUCUUUGCCUCAGCCCAUUGUAGCAGUUCCUUCAUUCAUAUGUGCUGAUGCAUUUAACAAGUUCCUGCCUUUCUGUACCGGGUUUGCUGCUGGAUGUAUGAUCUGGAUGGUUGUUGCCGAAGUACUUCCUGAUGCUUUCAAGGAAGCCUCUCCUUCUCAGGUGGCGUCAGCAGCUACAAUCUCUGUAGCAUUUAUGGAAGCUUUAAGCACCAUGUUUGAGAGUUUCAGCCAUGACUACAACGCAGAAGAUGCUUCAGGCUUCUUUGUUUCGCUGCUUUUUGGUCUAGGGCCAUUGCUUGGUGGUAUCAUUCUCGUCACAUUUGCUCUUGCAUUCCAUCUUCAGCAUGCCCUUCUCAUGGGUGCAGCAUGUGGCAUUGCUUUUGUCCUUGGUGCAUGGCGACCACUACAGUUACUUGUGUCAUCAAAGAUGGGUGUUAUACCUCUUAUAAUUUUGCUUGCUUUUGGAGCAGUAUUUGUCCAUAUUUGUAGUUCCCGCAUUUUGAGCCUUGCAGGUCGCAAGAGGGCAUUGGCCAAUAACCUACCUACGAUAACUGGCUUCCCCAUGAGCGUUCACACCCUUCAGUCAUUUCUUUCAUGUGGAGCAGUUGCCUUCCAUGCAUUGGCCGAGGGACUUGCACUAGGGGUGGCUGCACCAAAAGCUUAUGGACUUGGUCGACACAUGGUCCUUCCUGUCUCUUUACAUGGACUUCCCCGUGGUGCUGCUGUGGCUAGCUGCAUCUUCGGCGCUACUGACAGCUGGCACAAUGCUCUAGCAGCAGCAGCAUUAAUUGGAUUUGUGGGUCCAAUAUCUGCCAUUGGAGCAAUACUUGCAGGAAUUGACUACAGUGGUCUUGAUCAUAUAAUGGUUUUAGCAUGUGGGGGAUUGCUCCCAAGCUUUGGGAGGAUAAUCCGAAGAGCACUAAGCUUGGAUACACGGAAAGGCAUUUCUGGACUUGUAAUAGGUGUUGGUUUUGCUACUCUGUGCUUAACGUGCACCAAGCUGGUUUGCUUGCACACGCCGUACUGCAAUUCUGCUCCAGAGGCUGUUAGAUGAAAGCUAUAGAUUUGUAGUUGGCUCUACUGUGAUGGCAUGUCAAGGGAACUAGAGAGUAGAUUAUCUUGCUAGGAAAAGAAGAGGAUGAUUCCUUUGUAUACUAUUCUUUUAUCUUUUACCUUUUCUUUUUUCUAUUUUUUGGUUUUUUCAUUAUCUAAAAGAUGUAAAGAGGAAGAAAAUUUGGUGCGAGUAGCUGGCUGCUGCUGCUGGUUUUCUUCUACAUGUUCGUGUGAAUGGAGGACGCGAGUCCUGAUAUGGAAAUAGCAUUCAGAUUAGAACAAAAAUAAAUUAAAGGGUUCACUCUACUUGCCAAAAAAA